CGCUGCGCCCCCCGCCAAGCUUCUUGCUGGCGCCGCCUCCGGGCGCGCAGUCCGCGCCGGAGCGUCUCGGCUGUGGCCGCUGCCGUUACCGUCGCCUGGCGCUGCGGUGGCUCUCGGGGUUGUAGGAGGGCAGCGGCAGCCCGUCGCCGGUGGCCACUGGAGCCGACGUGCGAGGGCACAGGGACCCCGGGAACCGCGGCUGGUGUCGGCUGGCUCCUUCGCGAUUGCAAGUCCCCGGUUGCAGGGUCCGGACUGCCCCGGGGCGGCGGCCGGCUGGGAUGGCAAGAUAGCGGCGCGGGAGCGGUCGGUCGGUUUUAUAACUGCUGGGAGCUGCAGCGCUGAGGAGUUGAGGACUGACUCCGUAGCACAGAUGAUGGGUGUUUACUCAUGGUGGAGACAGCCAUCCUGGAUGGCGGACAGAAAAAGGAUGGGGAUGACUCCAAACUUGCCACGGCUCCUGUCCGCGCUUAUGCUUCUGCAUCUGGCAGGGCAAGUAAACAGUCUGAAGAAGGGGGCAAUUGAAGAUUUCAAAUGUACAACCAACAAUCUGCAAGUGUGGGACUGCUCAUGGACAGAAUUCCCUGGGAUCAGCCCCGGAACUGUUAAAGAAGUUUGUUUUAAAGACAGGUUCCGUUCUUGCCGUCGAUUAGAGACAACAAACAUUAAAAUUCCAGCUCUUUUACCUGGUGAUCAUGAAGUAACCAUAAAUUACCUAAAUGGCUUUCAAACUAAAGUCACACUGAAUGAAAAAGAUGUUUCUUUAUUUCCAGCCACACCUGAGAUUUUGAGUUUGUCUGCUAACUUCUCGACCUCCACGUUAUUCCUGACGUGGAUUGACGGAGGCUCUGCUCUGCCACACCCCUCGAAUGCCACCUGGGAAAUUAAGGUCCUCCAGAAUACAAGUGCGGAACCCAUCAAAUUAGUAUCAUUCAACACAACACUAAGUGGUAAAGAUACAGUUCACCACUGGAAUUGGACCUCAGACCUGCCCUUGGAAUGUGCUCCUCACUCUGUGGGGAUUAGAUGGUACAUUGACUAUCAACGGUUCUCUGGUUCUAAGGGGUGGAGUGAUUGGAGCCAGCUGAAGACUGUUUCUUGGACUCCUAAUUCUGAGAGCAUUGUUUUUCCUCAAGACAAAGUGAUUCUUGCAGGCUCAAACAUAACAUUUUGUUGUGUAAGUCCAACGAAAGUGAAGUUUGGACAGAUUGGCAGUACACCUCAAACUCUUAUCCAUCUUUAUGGGGAAAGCGUUGCAAUCCAUAUCCAGAAUAUUUCCGUUUCUGAAAACAGUGGAACAAAUGUGGUUUUCACAACAGACGAUAAUGUAUAUGGAACCGUUGUCUUUGCAGGCUAUCCGCCUGAUGUGCCCCAGAAACUGAAUUUUGAGACACACGAUUUCAAAGAGAUUAUAUGUACCUGGGAUCCAGGGAGGCCAACGGGACUGGUGGGACCACGGGAAACAGGUUACACUUUAUUUGAAAGCAUCUCGGAAACACUCAUCACACAUAAAAGACCGGACACACUUACAAAUGAAAGCUAUCGUUUAGUCUUCCCGGUGCUUCCAGACCAAGAAAUCUAUAACUUCACCCUGACUGGUCAGAAUCCACUGGGACAGGCAGAAUCAGUGGUAAUCGUCAAUGUAACUGAAAGAGUUGCUCCUCAUGUGCCUGUUUCACUGAAAGUGAAGGACAUCAAUUCAACAGUUGUUACACUUUUCUGGCAUUUACCAGGAAAUUUUGCCAAGAUUAACCUCUUAUGUCAAGUUGAAAUUCGCAAAGCUAAUUCAGAACAAGAAGUGCGGAAUGCCACAUUCAAAGGAGCUGAGGAUUCAAGUUAUUUUAUGGCUGUGGACAAAUUAAAUCCAUAUACAACAUAUACUUUCCGGGUGCGUUGUUCUGCUGAAACUUUCUGGAAAUGGAGCAAGUGGAGCAAUGGAAAGCGGCAUUUAACCACAGAAGCCAUUCCUUCAAGGGCACCAGAUACUUGGAGAGAGUGGAGCUCUGAUGGAAAAAACUUAAUUAUCUAUUGGAAGCCUUUACCCAUGAACGAAGCUAAUGGGAAAAUACUUUCCUAUGAUGUGUCGUGUUCGUCAAAUGAGGAGACGCGGUCCCUUUCUGAGAUCCUGGAUCCUCAACACAAAGCCGAGAUAUGGCUUGACAGCCAUGACUGCAUCAUCAGUGUGGUGGCAAAAAAUUCUGCUGGCUCCUCACCGCCUUCUAAAAUAGCUAGUAUGGACAUCCCAAACGAUGACAUCAUAGUAGAGCAAGCCGUUGGCAUGGGAAAGAGGAUCUUCCUCUCGUGGCAUCAUGACCCCAACAUGACCUGUGACUACGUCAUUAAAUGGUGCAACUCAUCUCGUUCUGAGCCCUGCCUCAUGGACUGGAUAAAGGUCCCUUCAAACAGCACUGAGACUGUAAUAGAAUCUGAUCAAUUUCAGUCAGGAGUAAGAUAUAAUUUUUACCUCUAUGGGUGCACUAAUCAGGGGUAUCAAUUGCUGCGGUCUAUAAUUGGAUAUAUAGAAGAAUUAGCCCCGAUUGUUGCGCCCAAUUUUACUGUGGAAGAUACAUCUGCAGAUUCGAUAUUAGUCAAGUGGGAAGACAUCCCUGUGGAAGAGCUCCGGGGCUUCUUAAGAGGGUAUUUAUUUUACUUCCAGAAAGGAGAGAGAGACGCGCCUAAGACGCGGAGUUUCGAGACAGGUCAUUCUGACAUCAAGCUAAAGAAUAUCACUGACCUAUCCCAGAAGACGCUGAGGAUUGUUGAUCUUCAGGGUAAAACCAGUUACCACCUGGUCCUGCGAGCCUAUACACAUGGUGGCCUGGGUCCAGAGAAAAGCAUGUUUGUGGUGACCAAGGAAAACUCGGUGGGAUUAAUUAUCGCCAUCCUCAUCCCAGUGGCCGUGGCUGUCAUUGUUGGAGUGGUAACAAGCAUCCUCUGCUAUCGGAAGCGAGAAUGGAUUAAGGAAACAUUCUACCCUGAUAUUCCCAACCCAGAAAACUGUAAAGCGUUACAGUUUCAGAAGAGCAUCUGCGAGGGGAGCAAUGCUCUUAAAACAUUGGAAAUGAAUCCCUGUACCCCAAAUAAUGUCGAAGUUCUGGAAUCCCGAUCCAUCAUUCCUAAAAUAGAAGAUACAGAAAUCAUUUCCCCAGUGGCAGAGCGUCCCGGGGAUGGCUCCGAGGCAGACCCUGAGAACCACGUGGUUGUGUCUUACUGCCCACCCAUCAUCGAGGAGGAGAUAGCAAACCCCACAGCAGAUGAAGCGGGAGGGACUUCCCAGGUCGUGUACAUUGAUGUUCAAUCCAUGUAUCAGCCUCAAGCCAAACCAGAGGAGGAACAGGACGUUGACCCUGGGGUGGUGGCAGGCUAUAAGCCACAGAUGCGCCUCCCCAUUAACUCUGCCGUGGAGGACCCAACAGCAGAAGAUGAGGCAGAUAAGGCCGCAGGUUACAGACCUCAGGCCAAUGUGAAUACUUGGAAUUUGGUCUCUCCGGAUUCCCCAAGGUCCACAGACAGCAACAGUGAAAUUGUCUCUUUUGGAAGUCCAUGCUCCAUCAAUUCCAGGCAAUUUUUGAUUCCUCCUAAAGAUGAAGACUCUCCUAAAUCUAAUGGAGGAGGGUGGUCCUUUACAAACUUUUUCCAGAACAAACCAAACGACUAACCAGUCACCCUUCGACACUUCAGUCUGCCAUCUCAAGCUGGUGUCUCGGCAGUAGCUGGGGCAUUCCUGGAGGGACCCUGCAAAUGUUGAUAACCAGGGACCUUCACUCCGGUCAAGUGACACUACAAGUGUUAAUGUGCUUUUAAUGUGUCCUAAAGCCAAAAUACAGUGACUCAGAAACCUCAGCCAUGGAAACUCAAGAUUUGAAGCUGUUUUUGAUUGAGCCAAAGAAUCCUCCAGAAGGAUUUCACGACUAACUCUGCCUAGUACAUAUAUGCAAAACAAAUCUCACAACCGUCUGUUGUUAAUGGUUUUUCUCUUCUUUGUAUGUUAUGGAAUUCCAAGUGGAUUUACAGGCAAGGAAGAAAAAUGUACAAGUCAAAAUAAUGUUAGUGGGCCUGACAUUUACUGCAGUCUUAGAGGAAAACCAAGCACAGAUUUUAAAACUUUUAUGGUGUCUCCAUCCACGGCAUUUACAAAAGUGAAUCUAGUUUUUAACGUAGCAGUAGCAAUCUGGUGUUCUGUUAGAUAGAGCGUGCUGAUGUCUGUACCUAUCUGGUAUUCCACUUGAUGGAGCAUGCUGAUUUCUCUGCCUACUGUAUAAUGGUUGUCAAACAGUUGUCUCAGGGGUACAAACUUGGAAAAACAAGUGUGACACUGACCAGCCCAAAUCAAAAUCACAUUGUCCUGCUUUAGUGGGGUGUGAAGACCUCUCUCCUACCACAUAGCUUGCACGCUAGCUUAGGUUCUAUGCCCAUUGUCCUACGGUUGGGAAUUUCUAGAGCUCUAUCCAAACUUCCUCUGUUUUUGUUUUGUGUUACAGUGUCUGCUUUGUAAGAGCGAAUUCAACAUUACUCACACGUAUAUAAUUGUAGUGAGUUACUAUGUAAGAUGACUACUAAGAAUAGCUGCUAGUGUAUGCUGGCGCCAAGCUCUGAUAAGGCUCAGUUCCCCUGAGAAGGUAUGCCAUUAAGCCUGACCAAUAGCUGAUGAUGAGCUUUCUGUACUGCUCGUGAGUCACAGCCGCUCUGUCCUCAGCAACUGGUGGUCCAGACUCUCAGACCCAAUCUUCAAAUCAAUAAGCUUAAACCUCAAGGGAGAUUAUUUCUCCCCAGAGCAGCUAGUAAAGGGUGAUUUUAAUGGAAGUCCUAAAACUUAUGGAAUUGGUGGGGAGCCACCUGUGGUGGUUCUGUAAGCCAUGAAGAGCUGGUCCUGAGUACAGCACCCUCCAUCUACCCUGGUUUCUCAGCAAUGUGGACAGUGAAUGUGGUUCUAAGAAAAUCAGAGUAAAAACCUAAAAUGUAGGUUGUAUAUUUGCUCUGCCUUUGGAUUAUCAAAGUAUGUGACAGUUUGAAACCCCUGAGUAGAAAGUCUUUGUUUCGUUUCAUCUGAAGUCCCCCAAAUUUUGCAGAUAAUGGAUUGUUUUUUUAGUUCAUGUUUAAUCUUAAUUUUUCCUUUUUUUUU